UAAUAUGUUUCCAUAAUUUAUUGUUUCAUAGCAAAGUCAUUUUAGGAGAUGAAUAGACCAGAACUUAGACAGCGACGUCCAAUUUUAAAAGAUGACCGAUAUGGGGGAACAGAAAAAAAGUCAAGAGCUCAUUCCUCAGACAAAUGGAAGACUGCUGCCUGUGUUGCAUUACUCCUGGCUUUUGUUCUGACCCCUGUUGUCAUUAUUUUGACGCCUUCACCAAUUAACCCAGUCUACUUUACAUUGCCAGAGCCACCAGCUUUUGAAGGAGCGAUAGAACCCAACAACUUACUGCACAAGUCAGAGAGACUGUUUGAGAACGAGUUAUUAGGACCAGAGUCAAUUGUGGCAGAUGGAGAUCAUCUUUACACAGGAACUGCUGAUGGGAAAAUCUUACAUAUCUACAGAGGAGAAAUCAGUGUACUGGCUAAGCUAGGGAAGGAGCCCUGUGGAGGGUUUGAUAAUGAACCAACAUGUGGUAGACCGCUAGGUAUGCGAUUAAACAAGGAUGGAUAUCUUAUAGUUAUUGAUACGUACCUGGGACUCUACAAAGUCAAUGUGGCUACAGGAGACCAUUUCCAGCUGUACUCCUCUGAAAUACCAGUAAAUGGCAAGAAGCCAAGGUUUCUGAAUGAUUUGACGAUUGCUGAAGACGGAACAAUUUACAUGACAGACUCCUCAGUGAAGUGGGAUCGUCGACACAAUAGACAUCAAAUCAUGGAAGGGGAGGUAACCGGAAGAGUCCUUGUGUAUGAUCCUAAAACCCAGGAGGUUGCCGAACUAAUUAACAGCAUGUCCUUUGCCAAUGGGAUACAAUUAACCAGGGAUGAAGAGGCACUUUUAAUUUGUGAAACUUCUCGAGCCAGACUUCUUAAAUAUCAUUUAAAAGGACCAAAAAAAGAUUCCUUAGAAGUGAUAAACAACAACCUUCCCGGGAUUCCGGAUAAUAUCCGUCGCAGUAGUACAGGCGGAUACUGGAUAGGAAUGGCGAUGAUCCGCAAGAAGAACAAAUUCAGCUUUAUAGAUUACUGUGCUGACAAGCCCUGGUUAAGGAGCUUAAUCAUGAAGGUAAUUUCCUUGGAUAUGGUUUUACAAUAUUUACCAAAGUAUGGCCUUGUGGUGGAAGUGGAUGAGGAAGGGAGGGUGAUCCAGAGUUUACACGACCCCACUGGUGAGGUCAUCCCAGGGGUCAGUGAGGUCGAGGACAAAGAUGGCGUGCUGUAUUUUGGAUCUUAUAAUCUCCCGUUCAUGGGAAGACUCUAUCUCCAACGAUACAAAAAACAGAAAUCAUCAUAGAGCUUAUGCAGGUGAACUCAAGAAAUGAAUAGGAAUUAAGUGUUGAAGUUUUCAUGCAGGAUAUGAUUUUCCUGGUCCUUCUCAAUCUGAGAAAUUAAAGACGGGAGAGUUAAUUUGUCACUAAGCCUGAUCUCAAUGAAAGUUUGUGAUAAAAGAUACACCAGGUGUAUUUUGAUACUAGUUUUGCAUUUAUGUAUACAUAAAUAUAGUGGGAAAUUUUACUAUGAAAUAAUGAUAUUAUGAUAAUGCUAUAUUUAUAUAUGUGGAAAAUAACUCACCA